AUGGAAACUGGGCUCUGGGGGGGUUCUCUCCUGCUUGGACCCCACGCCCCCGCGAUCGUGCCAUCCGACUCGGCAGUCUUCCUCCUCGCCACCCUCGCAAAGGCGUGGGAGCCGCUGGCCGUGUCGCUGGCGAGCCCAGAGGGUAGAGGGCCACCAUUCGCGGCGGUGCUGGUGUGCGCAGAGGCGGCCAAGCUCGCAUUUGUCGCUCCGCUGCUCCCGCCCAACCGCAUCGGCCUGUGCUCUCGUUCCACCGGCGCCGCCUUUGCGCCACCAGCGGCGCUCCUCGCGCUCUGCAACCACUGCCUCGGUUUCGCGGUGCCGCGGCUCGACCCGCUCACAUACCAGGUGGUCUUCAAGGCGGUCUCGGUCGUGGUGGUCGCGCUCCUCUCUCGCUCGCUGCUGGGCAGACGCCUCACCCGCCUGCAGUGGGCGUCCCUCGGCGUGCGGCAGCAGACGGGCCGCAGCGAGUAUGCCGCCGGGCUCGCUGCGUGCGUGCUCGGCUCGCUCGCCCUCGCCCUCUCCUCGGUCAUGUUCGAGGGCGCGAGCCACGCGGACAGCCGUGAAGCUGGUGGUGGCGGCUCGCGCCCCCGCGCCGUCGACGCCGCCGCCGCGCUGUCGAUCGCCGCCGCCGACCUCACCAUGGCGAGAUGCAGCCGAGAGGCGGUCUUCUUCUCGAGGCUGAGCGCCAACGCGUACUCGUACUCGCGCGUGCUCGCGCUGCUCGUCUCGGCGAUCAUCGCCGCCGUGGCGCUCAGGCAGCCGCUGAGCGGCCGAUUCCUCGCCGGCGCCGGCACCGUCGCGGCCAGCGGGUGGCCUCCGCCUCCGCCUCCGCCUCCGCCUCCGCCUCCGCCUCCGCCUCCGCCACCGCCUCCGCCUCCGCCACCGCCUCCGCCUCCGCCUCCGCCUCCGCCUCCGCCUCCUCCUCCUCCUCCUCCGCCGCCGCCGUCGGUGCUGGCGCCGGUGCCGGUCGCCGUUUGCCAUGUGCCGGUGGACGAGGACCGCUCGCAGCGGCGGCGGCGGGCGAAGGAGCGCGGCAGGACGUGGGUGGACGGCGGGAGCGGCCACUCACUCCUCGGCGAGGCAGAGUGAGCCUCCCUCUCCAACCAAGGGUUCCGAGGCAUCACAGCGAAGGGGCUGCCUCGUCCGAGCGGAGCGACCCGGCCGACGCCAUCCGAGCCCCUAGGCACAAGGGAGAGGAUAUUUUUGUUUUCCCUUCUGGAUAGUUGUUGAGA